AUGGCAAGAUUACCAAGCAAGGAUCGAAAGAAGAUACAACUGGAAAGAAUUGAAAAUGAAAAGGAAAGAGCGGUUACCUUGUCUAAAUGGUGCAAUGGCAUAUUCAAAAAAGCCAAUGAACUAGCCACACUGUGUCAUAUACAGAUUGCAAUCAUUCUUUUCUCCAUUACUGGAAAGCGUCUCUCUUUUGGUAGUCCCAACGUUCAAUCUGUUGUAAACAAAUUUCUCAACCCAAAUCAACUCGACCAACAACCAAAUGAUUUCAUCAACAUGGCUGUCAACUCUAAUCAUGAAUCCAAACUACAGGAUUUUAACAAAGAAUUUGAUGAAGUGAAUGAGCAUUUAGCAAAUGAGAAGAAGUAA